CAGAAGCUGGUCCACUUUUAUAAAAGUAAGAAAUUUAAUACCAACACUAUCAGUCAGAUCGCACCGUAAUUGAUUGUGUCAAACAGAAAGAAAUGAAAGGUUUUCGAGGAGCGUUCGUUCUUUAUCUUUCUGGAUUGGCGUUUGCUGUUGGGAUCCCGUUAUCCGUUCACGAAGAAAACAUAGUUGAAGACAAGGAUGUGGAAUCUGCUGAUGCCUCUGUACGUGCAAAACGCGAGACAGGCAUAUCUAAAGUUGCUAAACGACCCGUAAGUUUAGGCUACAGACAUAUCGGUCUUGGGAAACGAGAAUUAGACUCGAGUUCGCAGGAGAAAAGCGAACGUCAGUUGUCUGAAAUGGAAUCUAUUUGGAAACGCCUUUUGGAUCAUGAAACGUUGAGCUCAAUCUGGAGACGAGGGAUGGAUGAUCCCGGUAUGAUGGCAAUAUGGCGACGUUACUUAGGAGGCGAUAUGGAUGGUAUGAACGCCAUAUGGCGACGUCAUCUAGGCGGCGGUCAGAAUUCCAUCUGGAGAAGGGAACCAUUUGGGCAGAGCAGUAUAUGGAAACGUUCUCAUGUCGGACCCCAGAGCAUUUGGAGAAGGUAUCUUGAAAAUGGUGGACAGAAUUCAAUAUGGAGGCGUCAGUUGGACAAUCAGUAUGGUAUUUGGCGACGUGAUUUAGACAAUGUGGCGUCCAUCUGGAGAAGAUAUCCAAACGAAGACUUUAACUCCAUAUGGAGACGCUAUAUUGAUGGACCAAGUAGUAUCUGGAAAAAGGGAAUCGGACAAGAAAGUUCAAUUUGGCGACGCUAUUUAGAUGACAAUAACUCAAUUUGGCGCCGGGAGUCAGGGCAAAGUAGUUCUGAGGAGGACUCUCCAUUAUUGGGUAGAAAAUAGAAAUUACCGAAAAUAAACAAAAUAUGAUUUGGUAAAAAAGAUCGACACGUUUUUGACAGACAAAUCACAAAAGUCAUUACAUUUAUCAUCUGUAAAAUCGCUAUCGAAUAUAAAAAAAAUGUUGCAGGCUAGUGCAACAUCAUUUUUCUUUUGCCAUUUUGCCAUUUGACCUAUGAAAACCCAUCAUAUGGCAAAACUGCAGGGUUAGAUAAGUUAAAGGUACUUUACCUCUAAAUAGCUCCCAGAAAAGGUAAAUUUGACAUUCCUUUCUGAAAAGAAUUGUAUUAAAGUGUAUCUUUUGAUAGUACAAAUACAUAUAAAUCGUUAUGAUCUAAAUAAGGAGGAAUAAAAAGUUUUAAACAAAUGAUUGGAGUAAUUUAAGAUCAGAGAUAAAGGAACGGCCCCUUUAAAUGGUUGAAAAAUAGUUUUAGUUUUGGGAUAUUGAAGGAUGAUAGAGAGCGUCUAAGUUUCCAAUGAUUUCUGAAGUAACGAUAUAUGAAAUAAAUUCCAUACUAAUGUUGAGGUUAUUUUAUUGUUCAAAGAAAUACAAUACUUCAGUAGUAGUACAGGGAUAGUGUUUCUUGUUCUCGUUGAAAUAAUUUGAUCUCCCAUCUAGCUAGCGAGUCAUCAAGAUCUGAAACAUCAAAUGUGAUAUGGAGAUACUAUAUUAGUGCAGCCAGUGUGGUAGAAGCGGAAGAG